CAAAACAUUUUACUGUUCAUUUGUGCACCAGUGAAGACACAACUGGGAUUGGUGCAUCCUUUACUGAAAUCAGCAUGUUGAUUUUUCUCCAUUGUUUGGCCUUGCUCAGCCUGGCCAUGGCUCAGAGGGACUGUUCUCGGGGAGCCUGCUACCCAGCCACAGGAGAUCUAUUAGUUGGUAGAAUUUCAAGCUUGAAGGCAUCUUCUACAUGUGGUCUAACCGGCCCAGAAGUCCUGUGCUCUGCCCUCGGACAGCGACAAAUUAAAUGUUGCACCUGUGACUCCCGACAGCCCAAGAGUCAAAUGGCCCACCGCAUUGAAAAUGUGGCUCCUCAGGAGGGACCUUACAGGUGGUGGCAGGCUCAGAAAGGUGUUGAGAAUGUAACUGUACAGUUGGACCUCGACAGGAAAUUCCAGCUUGGCGACAUUGUCCUGGACUUUAAGGGUCCACGGCCUGAAGCCUUUGUGAUUGAACGCUCUACAGAUUAUGGAAAGACCUGGCAGCCAUACUUGUACCUGGCAACAGACUGCCAUUCUUCCUUCCCUGGCAUUAGUACAAAAGCUCCAAGUAACCUGCAGGAAAGUUACUGCCAUUCUCUGCCUCCAAUCGACUAUUAUAAAAACGUCGACCAAAAGCUACAGUUUAACCCCCUGAAUACCUAUCAGCGAGUCAAUUCACCCCAGAGUUACAAGAUUGAUAAUGUUGCAGACUUCACAAACCUGAGAAUGAAAUUUACUAAACUGGCACAGCCACGCCAGAGUGAGAAUGGACGAGGUCCACAUGCUUUUUAUGGUCUGAAAGAGAUGCGGAUUCAAGGCAGCUGCUUCUGCCAUGGCCAUGCCAGCCAGUGUGUGCCCUCUGAUGGAACAAAUGAGCUCUCCCGUGCUGAGGUGUAUAGCACUUGUGUCUGCCAGCACAAUACAGCUGGCCCCAAUUGUGAACGUUGUGCUGACUUCUACAACGACCACCCCUGGAGACCAGCAGAUGAGAGCAACACCAACCAGUGUCAGCGCUGUGAUUGCAAUAACCACUCUGAGCGCUGCCACUUUGACCCUGCUGUGUUUGAAGCCAGUGGGAUGGUGAGCGGAGGAGUCUGCGACAACUGCCAGCACUACACAACUGGACGCAAGUGUGAAAAGUGCCGUCAGUUCUACUACCGCAACCCCCUAAGGCACAUCACACACCCCGAGGCCUGCUUGAGAUGCAACUGCAGUACAAACGGAGCAGAACAGCAAGGUUUGUGCAAUGCUGAAUCUGGGUACUGCAUGUGCAAGGCCAACGUAGAAGGACCAGGCUGUGAUCGCUGCAAGCUUGGAUUCUACGGGCUUAGUGCUUCAGAUCCCAAAGGGUGCAAAAAGUGUUCUUGCAGUCUUAUUGGAUCACAGCGAGAUAGAAGUUGCGAUCCUUUGUCGGGUCAGUGCUUCUGCCUUCCCAAUGUUAUUGGCCAGAACUGUGAUUUGUGUGCCACUAACUACUGGAACUUCCUGAGUGGCCGAGGUUGUGAACCAUGCAACUGUGACCCAAGAAACUCUCUCAAUCAGCAGUGCAAUCAGUUAACAGGUCAGUGCCAGUGCAGACCAGGCUUCGGGGGGAGAACAUGUUCAGGAUGUGCUGACGGCACCUAUGGAAAUCUUCAGCUCCAGUGUCGGCCAUGCAACUGUGAUAGCACAGGAACAUUACCAGGCAUCUGUGAUAAAACAACAGGAGCCUGCCUUUGCCGACCUGGCGUGAUAGGACCCCGCUGUGAUCAAUGCCAACGUGGAACAUGCAACCGGUAUCCCGACUGCCAACAGUGCCACCCUUGUUUUCAGGACCUCGACUCCAAGCUCCAGGGCUAUGCAACUCUACAGUCCGGACUUUCUAGGAAAAUUAACAUUCAAGUGGGUGGUGGAGAUGGGCAAGUCUGGGACCCAAGGAUCACUGGCCUAGAUAUGAAUUUGAAGAGGAUAAGGGAGGGCAUUCUGUACCCCAAAACUACGGACAGUGAGAUAAAUAAUGCCCGCUUCAGUCUGCAGGCAAAUAGAGAUUCAGCUAGUCGGAUUGGUUCCAAUCAACCUACCAUAGUGGAUCAGAGCACCAGUCUAACUGGAGACCUGGACGAUCUGAACAGCAGGUUGAACAGCUUAAGGGGCAUUUACAUUACAAGAUGGGAUUUUUUUCAGAAAUUCUACAGCAAUAUAGAUGGUUCACUCUCCACUAUCCGGUCUGCCUAUGAUCAAUCUGGAGAUGCAAUGAAAAAGGUUGCUAAUGCAGAGGAAAUUGUCAAAAGAUCAUUAAUAAUACAGAAAAGAGCAGAGGACAUGGAGGGGAAAGAUCAAGAGAAAAACCGUCAAGACCUAGAGCAUCUUUCCAGGCAGGUGCAAAACCAGCCAGACCUGACUCCUACAGCGGGGAAGGUGUGUGGAAGCUAUCGUACAGAGCCCUGUACCCCAGAGCAAUGUGAUGGAGCCUUGUGCCCAGGACCUAAUGCAGUGCCAUGCAGCACCACAGUAGACUGCCGAGGUGCCCUGCCAUUAGGCAAGAAGGCGGAGAGUAUGGCCGACACGACAAAGGCCAAACUGAAUGACCUGAAUGCUCAGAUCAGGCAAGCUACUCGGAAGAUUCAAGAUACAGUGAAUGAAGCCAAUGGGAUGAAACAGACUUUUGAUCAGUUGGCCAAUCAGGUUAGCACAACAAGGCCAAAGCUGGAGAAGGAGAUCCAGAAUACCAGGCAGUUCAUCAAGCAAGUGCGAGAGUUUCUAUCAGCUCCCGACAUGGAUCCUGCGGUCAUCCAGCUAGUGAGUGAGCAGGUGCUCAACAUGAAGCUCCCAGGAAGCAUUGGAGAAAUCAGAGACAAAGUGGAUCAGAUCAAGGCGAUUGCAGGUUCUCUGCCGGAUAUCAGCAGACUAAUGGAAACUACCAGAUCAGAGAUUGGCAAAGCCAAAGAGUUGCUGCAGGAGGCCGAGAGGGCCAGGGAUCAAGCGAUAACAUUUGAGGAGAAGGUAGAUGGUGUGGUGGAUGAUCUUGGCAGCGCCCAGACCUCCCUUGAUGAGGCAAGGGAUAAGAUUAGAGAUCUGCUGAACAAUGUCAAAGAUGUCGACAACAAGAUUUUACAGAUUCAGGAUGAGUUAAGGCCUGCUGAGAGGACCAUCACAGACAUGGACAUUCAGAUGCAGAAUAUGAAACCCCCCAUGGACAACUUGAGGAGCCUGAUCAAUGGGAAUGACUAUAUGGCAAACCAAGCACAAGGACUGGCAGGCCAAGCUUUUACAGAAGCAGAAGCAAGAAGCCAGGAGUUUGACAUUCUGCAGCAGCAAUAUGACAAGCUAAAGCAGAAGAUGAAGGAAAAGCAAUCAGGGCAAGCAGAAGGAGGGAAUGCUGGGGAACCUGGUCAGAGGAUGGUGGCGCUGCGGGACAAUGUGGAAGGACUGAUGCAGGAGACUUCAUUCAUUAUGAAUGAAAUCCAAGAUACAGAGGACUCACUCUACGAUGGUGUAGACGAGCUGGAUCAGAAGUCUUUAACUCUGCUUGGUCUGGACCAGAAGGUUAAAGAUAUUCGUGACUACAUCCUAGACAAGGUCAGAUUCCACAGCCAGUGCAUGUAAUGGAGCCGAAGAGAUCACCCUGCCUGUGCUUUAUCCCGAUGACUGCUGGAAGAUGAUGUGGAAACUCUAGUCACUCUGUCUUGACGAAAGAGAGCACUUCAGAGUGGCUGUGCAGCACUGUUUCAUAAUGUUUACGCAGACAAAACAAACUCAUUUGCAACCUGAAGAAAGGUGUUACAAGUUGCUAAUUGCAUUUCAAGUUGAAAAGAAAAGUAUUCAAACCCAACAUUAUUUAUUAUGUAUUUUGCCAAAAUAUAUGGAGGUAAUAGAAAUAAACUUUCAUCAAGAAGUCA